GAUUCCCAACCAGCAUCCCCCACCACCAAACCCAUGUCACUGCUGACCUUGUUGGGCUAUGCAGCGGGGGAAACAACUCUUUGGUAAUUGAUGACAUUUUCAGCAACUGCUUCCUGACUCUUCCAUUGCACAUAUUCACUAGGUGUCGACUCCCAAGUUAAUGCAAAGAACUUCAGAGCCCACUACAAGGCUUGAUCGUGAAGUUGCAUAAGGAUUCCAUGAGGAAGUUGGGCAACGUGCUUCAAACGAUUCCGUUUAUCGAGGUCACCGUAAGCCGCUGAGUUUUCGCGUCUGUCACAAUUGCAAGCCAUCCUUGCCUACCGCAUCUGUCUUUUAUCGAUCAAGCUCUCCGAGAUUCCUCGCGACCCACAACCGCUUAGGUACCUAUCUUACGCUCCCCGCGCUCCGAAAAAAAAAAGAAAGUUUUGCGCAGUCGCGACCAUGAUGGACUUGAAAGGGAUUGUUCAUGGCCACGGCCAUAGUCGCCGCCGCACGAUCUCAAAUGCUAGCUCCGUCAGGUCGAAUCGCUCCGCAGACGACAUGAAAGGAGAGGCGGCCCAGGACGACACGCUCGUGGUCGAGCCCGACCAGGGCAAUGUCCUUACACACAUCAUCUCACAACUGCGCCCUGGUGCCGAUCUAAGUCGUGUCGUGCUCCCGACAUUUAUCCUCGAGCCAAGAAGCAUGCUGGAGCGGAUUACCAACUUCAUGUGUCAUCCCGAGAUGCUGCUACCGAUACCCGAUAUUGACGACCCUGUCCAACGAUUCGUUUCAGUAGUAAAGUUCUACCUGAGCGGAUGGCAUAUCAGACCGCCUGGCGUCAAGAAGCCUCUCAACCCGAUCCUAGGGGAAAUCUUCACUUGCUACUGGGAUUUCCCUGAUAACACUCGCGCGUAUUACAUCUCUGAACAAACAUCCCACCAUCCACCAAAGUCUAGCUACUUCUACAUGGUACCUGAACACCAUAUCCGAGUCGAUGGAACUUUGAAGCCGAAAAGCAAAUUCCUUGGCAACUCCGCCGCAAGUCUGAUGGAGGGCACGGCUAUUCUGUCGCUCCUCAAUCGGGGCAAGGACCCGGCCAAGGGAGAGCAAUACCACUUGACCCAGCCGAACAUGUACGCACGCGGUAUCCUCUUUGGCAAAAUGAAGUAUGAGCUUGGCGACCAUAGUGUUGUGAAAUGUCCAGAGCUUGGACUGGUCGCCGACAUCGACUUCAAGACAAAGGGAUGGGUUUCUGGCUGCUAUAACGCCAUCGGCGGAACGAUCAAGGACGAACACACAGGCGAGAUCCUCUACGAACUAUCUGGGCUCUGGAGUGACGAAAUGUUUAUCAAGGACAUGAAGACUGGACACAAGGAGAUGUUUUUCGAUGCUCACAGGUCUAAGCCAUCCCCUCCUCUAGUCAGGCCGAUAGAAGAACAGGAGGAGCGUGAGUCGCAGAGAUUGUGGCAGAAGACAGCGCAAGCCGUCAAGGAUUCCCAACACGAACUCGCUACGGAAGAGAAGACCAAGAUAGAGGAUAUGCAACGAGAGGAGGCCAGCAGGAGAGCGCAGGAGGGAGUUGAGUGGCAUCCCCGACUGUUUCGGCGUGUAAGGGGAGGCCAGGGUGGAAGUGAAGAAGGCGAGGAGGAUCUUGAGUGGAUCAUAAAUGCCACGAUUGAUGGCGAAACGCCCGAGGCGCAGGCCAACCAGAUUCUAGCCAUAUAUCCUAUCCUCAAAGGCCAAAAAUCCAGCGAACGAAACCCCAUCCCGCCACGAGGCUCGUCGUUCCGUCAACCGAAAACAGAGGAGUCGGCGUCUCGAAGUGGUGAUUUGAUAGACUUUGAUGGGGGCAAUGAGUCGAUACCAGCCCACGCUCCCUUGCAGCCGGACUUAAAAGCAACGACAGAGAAGCCAGCUACCAGUACCAACGGCGGCGACGACAUCAAGCGGUUACUGGACGCAACUGGGCAACCGCCAAAUAAGCAUGACCCGCUGGUUGAUUUUGGCAAGGAUCUCAAGAAAAACCUACCCACGAUGAAGAGAGCAGACACCGAAGAAUCGGCAGAUGAGUUCCAUGAUGCACACGAGUGAUCAACGGAAUGCAUUGAGCUUGGUCGAAAUCCUCCUCAUCAUUAUAAGCAGCGGACUUCGGUGGAGAAGAAUAGGAAAGAAUCGGCCUCUGUUGUGUAUGACUGCUACUUUUUUACCUUUUGGCCCCUGGGUCUAAAUUUCUGCCAGAUUUUUUGAUUCGUGACGAUGACCAUUAUUAGUGGUAUCGCGUCCCAAUAGCCCUACCCUUGUCGACGGUUUUGACGAAGCGCAGCACACAUCUCGAUUACCACACGCAUGAAGAAUCUCUGCUAGGAGUGUCAGUUGCAUCAGCUUUGGAAGUGGAAUCUUGGAAGUCUUUGGGCAUCAAAACGUUGAUAGAUUAUACCCAAACAUGGUCCCGUCCCAACCACAACGCCAAACGUGACAGAUCAAGACAGCAAUAACAAUGCUAAUGCUGCAUUUCCCAUGUUACAGUCAAAAUGAAAAAAAAAGAGUAAAAAAAAAAAGUACAAACUCCUGCCACCUCGCCAGACUUCAAAAGACUAGAACCGCCUCCUUGACGGUUCAGGUGUAGGAGAGCGGCUAACGCUGCGCUCGUCGCGACCCCUCAUCUUGAGCCACUUCUUGGUUGCAAGUACCAGCUCGCGGUCGAGUUCCUCGCUGGGAUUCUUGCGGUGUAUAAAGUUGCAAAAGCCGCCUCGCGUGCAACCCUCGCCACUAUUUAGUCGACAACAUGCUUCUCGGAAGUCGGUCACAGGCGACAGCUCGCAGUAUAUAGGCCGUGCGGCGUACCAUCUGCUAUUGAGCUCGUCGCAUGCCUUCUGGGCCGAGUCUUCGUAUUUGAAGCGGGCGUAGACGUUACCGAUGAGGUCUAUUGUUGUUGUCGCAUACUACCAGCUCCUCAAGCUCGCCGUAUUUACAUAGCUCACACCACAGGUCCUCAUAGAAGGCGUCAAAGUGGUUUUGCAGCUGCGAGGCGUUCAUGUUGUUCUUGGGGUCGUAUGCGGGAUUCUGGUACAUGUUCGGCAUCAAGAUGGUCUGGCUGUAGGUUGGCUUGACGUGUUUCCUGCUGCAACGAUCGCCGUGGCGGCAGGCGCCGAUCUUGAAGUAAAAACUGCAGCUGACCUUGUCCUGCUCGGUGCCGAAGAUUGAGGCUAGGAAGUUCGCCAUUGUGGAUGUAAUUAACGAGUUAUUGAGCAGUCAAAUUGAUUAGCGCUGAAAAUUCAAGAUGAAUAUUGUAUGCGAGAGUUUGUGUGAUGAGCGAGGCUGAUCUCGGUAGGUAUUGCGUCGAAGUUGAUUGCAUCUGAUGCGAUGGCGAACCUUGUC